AUGACCGACUAUGCGCCACGAAGCAGUCAGGAUUACAACACCUUCUUUCACAAUCAGCAACUCGCCAUGUCGCAUUAUUCCAAUGGUAACGGUCUCAACUACCUCUACAGCAAUGGUCAAGUUCCGUAUCAGGCCGUCAACACGCAAUAUCCAGCAUACUCGACGGCUUUUACACCUACGCACAAUGGUCACUCGAGUUCCAUGUAUAUGCCCAAUGUCACUGCCUUGCCUCUUCAGUACCCCAUCACAAGCACCCGAGUCCCUACCCUACCAUCCCAGUCGCGUGCGCUCCCAUCAUCCUCCUACUACACGGGGUCUUCCUCCAAUCAUCGAACGCCCCUUCACCAGCGCAUCAUGUCUCCUCGGGACUACAGCCAUGCGGACGGUACUGAAUGUCAAGACUCUCCGAACGAAGAUACAAUGCUCUCUGAACCCGUCAUACCUCCCUUGGAGGGAUAUCCGAAUGUUCACGAUUUCGAUGAAUUGAUGAAGCGUUAUGUCCAAGACCUGUCUCCAAAGAAACAGGAUAAGGCAUUGAUUAAUGCUCGAAGAGCUGCCAAUAUUCGACACGUCCUGAUUGACAAGAAGACCACUUCGAUUGAAUCGGCGCAAUUCAGAUUCUGGGUGAAGAAGAUGUUCACGCUUCAAUUAGCCGAUGGAAAACCACCCGAGCACCGAAAAAUCUGCCACGAAGGCAAGCCGGUAGCAGUACGAGAGAAGCUGUUCAAGAUACUUACCAAAGCACACAAGCAAUGCCAACAUGGAGGACGUGACAAGACCUCUGCCCAGGUCCGACGUGUAUAUUCCUGGGUGCCGAAAGAACUGAUCUCCAGGUUCGUCAAGCUGUGCCCGACUUGUCAGGUUCGGAGAGGCACCGCACGUAAUUCACCACCAGAGCUGGAGAGGAGCCCCGAGGCCCGAAUGAAUUCGCAUUCGCCAGAGGACAGUGCUGUGUCUGGUUCCAGAAAGAACUCGACGUCGAGCAGAUCCACCACCACCAACGUGACUUUGCCAUUGCUGUCUGCAGGAUUUCCCAGUAGUGCGGCUUUCCAACAACAGAAUCGCUGGAUGACUCCGUUGUCGCCUCAACAGGAUAGCAUGGAAAGCAACCGUUUACCGAGUAACAAUAUCAAACAAGAAGUGUACAACACCAUGCCGCCUAUGCCCAUCACCUGUGCCGACAGCGCACCUACUGGGAUGUCAUUCUCAUCUGUCAAUGGUAGUUUUUCCAGUGUUUCGACCUCUUCCAAUGCAUAUAGUUUGACUGCUUCAGGCCAUACAGCACACGGGCAUGGUUCGACAGACCACGGUUAUGAUUCCAAAACUGGACCUCACUAUCUUUGA